UCAGAACCGUGUCUCGCCACGGCCAUGGCAUAUCGACAUACCGCUCUAGCUGGUCCUCCAAACCAGGCCGCCCAACCAACCAAACCCGAUCUGCCUGCUGCCCACAGUCUGCUCGACCGAGAGCUAGCCAGCCAGACCCUGUGACCCCACCACGACCUGCGACGACUCUUUAUGUCUCCCAGAAGCAAGAGGAGACGCACAGGAGACCGCUGCCACGGUACAGGCUGUGGCCAGCCCGAUUGUGGCGACUGCCACCGAGACGAGGAUGCUGCCGCCGCCGCCGCCGCUAGUGAUGCUGAAGCUGUCGCCGACGUCGCCGACGCCACCGCCCGCCAACAUGACCCGCCGCCCUCGUCGCCGCCACCACCACCGCAGCCCACCGCCCCAUCGCCGGGCCUGGCGGCCAUGAUAGCCGCCCUCGAGGAGAAGGCCCUGCGCGACCUGCUGCUGCAGAGCGCCGCCUCCAGCCAGGAAAUCCAGCGCUCCAUCAAGGACGCCUACCACCGCCAGGUCGCCAGGCCACAGCCCCCGCCGCUGCUGCCCCAGCCGCUGCUCACCUCUCACCUGAUGAUGCAGCAGGCCGCCGCGGCAAAGGCAGUGAGAGCAGCAGCAGCAGCAUCAGCAGCCUCAUCGCCCACCACGGCCUCGCCCACCACCACACGCCUGCCUGUCACAGCAGCAGCAGCCGUCCCCAACACCACCACGACGCUGUCGUCGCACCAGCACCAGACCACCAUGACAAGGCCCGUCACCAACUUCGACCACUACUCCAAGUCGGCCUGGCACGCCCUCAACGACCGCCAGCUGCUCUCGCUCAGCGGCAGCAGGCAGUACACGCUGGCGGGCGACGUCUACGGCGACGUGUGCGACUGCGUCAACGCCAUCGACGACAUGACGCGCGCCGACUCGCCCCUGGGCACCAAGCAGAACGCCCUCGAGACGCUGCGCGAGAUCGCGCGCGCCGUCAUCCUCGCCGGCGACACCGUCGGCCACGAGGUCCGCAGGGAGCUGCAGGGCGACUCGCACAUCUCCGACGUCAUGGUCCGCGUCGCCGAGAGCAUGACCCCCGAGGAGAGGCUGCGCACCGGCCGGAGGAGGGCCGGCGGCGGGGAGGAGGGCGAGACGCUUAUUGGUAAGCUCGAGUGGGUGCGGGACGAGGCCGAGGCGCUCUGCCUCAAGGACUCGGAGGGGUUCGGCAGGGUGUUGGAGCUGCUCAGGUCGGGCUUUGCGUCGGCGGCGGGGGCGGGCGGCGGCUCGGCGGCGGCGACUCCUGUUGUUGACCUCACUCAUUAGCUGCAUGGACGUCUGUCUGUGUGAGAGGGUGGCCCGCUGAGGUAGCCGACUGAUUCUUUUGGCGUAUUGGACCGACAGGCACUCACCCAUGCUUGUUUGCAUCAUGUCCGGGGUCUCUGCAUUCGGUUCGGGCGCUUUGGGGUGGAGCAUAGAUGGCCGUUGCGUUUCAAUUCCGUAUCGACGACGGCAACGGCAACAUGGAGUCUUGGGGGAGUAGAUAGACCAGAUCUGCAUUCUAUAGAAGUCAUACAAAGCGUUUGUCUCAUGUAACUAGCUUCCGUCUCAGUCAGAAUUGAUCUCCCGUCCCAUG